UGUAUACUGGAUGCGUACUAUUCAGUGAUCUCCAGCGAGAGUAAACAUGGUGUACGAGUUGGUGAGCGCUGCCGCGGCUUUGUUCGCCGUAUUGUAUUUAUACUGCACCAGGACUUUUAAUUACUGGAAGGAAAGAAAUGUCGUUGGACCCAAACCGCUACCGCUCGUCGGAAAUAUCAAAGAUUCCUUCUUUAGAAAAAAAUCUGUGAUUAUGGUGUAUAAGGAUAUUUAUAAUCAAUUUCCAAAGGAAAAAGUUGUAGGAAUUUAUAGAAUGACAACUCCGUGUCUGUUGUUACGUGAUUUGGAUAUCAUCAAGAAUAUAUUUGUGAAAGACUUUGAUUUGUUCCUUGAUAGAGGAGUCGAAUUCAGUGAUGAAGGGCUGGGUGUUAACUUGUUCCAUGCUGAUGGCGACAGAUGGAGAGUUUUGAGAAACCGUUUCACUCCACUUUUCACUUCGGGCAAGCUCAAGAACAUGUUGCGACUUAUGACACAGUGUGGAGACAAAUUUGUGGAGUAUGUUCGAGAUAUCACUCAAAAUAAUAUGGAACAUCACAUAAACCUCCUCGCUCGGAGGUUCACAAUCGCAUCAAUCUCAGCUUGUGCCUUUGGUUUUGAUGUAAACGAAGAAAUGUUGGAAUCUUUGCAAGAAAUGGAUAAAUUAGUUUUUACCAUAACUUACGGCACUGAACUAGAUAUGAUGUAUCCUGGAAUAUUGAAAAAGUUGAAUAGCUCUCUCUUUCCAAAGAGUGUAAGUAAAUUUUUCGAUGACCUUACUAAAUCUGUCAUUAAACAAAGAGGUGGUGUGCCCACAAAUAGAAAGGACUUUAUGGAUUUAAUUUUAGAAUUGAGACAAAAGGGAAAAAUCGAAGCAUCAAAAAGAAACAACGAUGAGGAUGUAAAGGUACUCGAACUAACAGACGAUAUAAUUGCAGCGCAGUCAUUCAUAUUCUACUCAGCUGGCUACGAAACCAGCGCCUCCACCUUAUCAUACAUGUUGUACGAACUAGCGCAGAAUCCGCACAUACAAGACAAACUAGUUUCAGAAAUCAAUAAGGUUCUUGAUCGUCAUAAUGGCGAAAUUAAUUAUGAAUGUUUGAUCGACAUGCCCUAUUUCAGUCAGAUAUUUGAUGAGACUUUGAGAAAAUACCCGGUCGCAGAUAUUUUACUGCGUAACGCUCAAGUUGACUAUCCCAUCCCGGGAACCGAUGUCACUAUCAAAAAAGGACAAACUGUAGUUAUAUCCGGUUGGGGUAUACAUCAUGACCCGAAAUACUAUCCCAACCCGGAUAAAUUUGACCCAGAAAGAUUUAGUCCGGAAAAUGUGAAAAACAGACAUUCCUGUGCUUAUUUACCAUUUGGAGCUGGUCCCAGAAACUGUUUAGGUAUGCGGUUUGCUAAAUGGCAGUCACAAGUGUGCAUCGUGAAGUUCUUGUCGAAAUUCCGCGUGGAACCAUCGAAAAAUACACCUGUAGCCCUCAAGUAUGAUCCUAAUCGUUUGUUUAUCUUUCCUGUUGGUGGUAUUCCUUUAAAUGUUUUGAGUAGGUAAUAUGUAACGCUUGAUAAGUUUAAAUGAAUUCUUCUAUAUAUAGGAUGUUUCUUAUUAAACGGUUUAAAAUAUAAGCAGGUUUUAGGACCCUCAAUAGUUUUCUUUUAGAAUCAAUUUAUCUAUUACUUUUAUGAUAAGUAUAAAUAAUAGAAUUUGAUACGUCAUUUAAGAAACAUCCUGUAUAACUCGAUGGACUAGCGAUCGGUUUCUGAAGUUCCCAUUUUUAUUUCAAAUGCGAUUAAUUCGUUUAUCUUUAAUGUAAACGUUCAAUAAAUUCUUGUGUGUUUUUGAAUGUCAAACGAACCUUUCAAUAGUGAUGGAAUUUAAUAGUAGUUUCGUUUUCUGCCGAUAGAUGGCUUUGUAAAGAAAAUGUAUUUAGUUAAUCUAUUACUCCAUAUUCUAAUGUCCAAGUACUUCCUACGGAUAAUUCAACAUUUUAUAUAAUUUAUUGCCAUCAAUACUGUCAGAAACAAAAGUGUUAAUUUUUUUUUGG